UUUUAUAACAAAGAUUGACUCUUUUUAAGGUAAAAUACUAAAAUGGAAUUCGAGGUCUUCAAAGACUCAAUAUGAGUAGUUCAUAAAAGACUGAGUAUUAUUUUCUUUAUCUUCAACAUAAUAAUCCCUGGCUUUGGGACAAUGCUUAGUUCAUGCUUUGAUGAAGGAGACAUGAACACAGACCAGUUCAUAAUAGGCGUAUUUCAAUUAUUCCUAGCCAUCCUCAUCAUAGGCUGGGUGUGGUCAAUCUGGUGGGGGUGGCUGAUCUACAAAAAAUCAAGGUAGUCCCAUCUUCAUUGAUAAUU